CGGCCGACGUGACCCGCGGUGAGAAGUCGUGGCUUUAAAAGUAUCGGCUCAGGGUGUCACUUUGAGCGGCGUUACUCGGGGUGCUCGUGAGACGAGAUGAGGUCGUAAAAAAACUCGGGAAAUUGCCCGGGAAAGCGUAACUGUACCCGACGGUGUUUCGGGGCGGAGCUUCACGAAGUAAACAGAAGCAAUGUAACUAGUCUGCGUGGCUAGUUUGUUCCGAAGGCAAGCUAUCAACGCGAAUCGACGCGGAGCUGGUGAAAUUAAAUACGACAAAUCAAAGAGAGCUUUAACGGAGACGGGAUGAAACUUUGCGUCGUGAGCCUCGUGCUCCUCGUCCUCGGCGCGCAAGUCCAUCGGUCGGAAUCGAAAUUCCGGAAACAGGUGCUGGCCGAUGACGAGGACGAGGGUGACGACUUCGACGACGACGAGGAGGAGGAGUACAGCGAUAGUUACCGGAAAACCGAGAUCGACGACGACGGGAGGAUAUACAAAAACCCGCGAAAUUCACCCUCGGCGAUGUGUCCGCGGGAAGAGGAGCAGGCUGACAGGUUGGGGCAAAAGUGUCUAAGAAAGUGCUCGACGGACGAGGAUUGCAAGAGCAAAAAGAAGAAAUGUCGGUGCGACGGUGCCUGCGGUAUGUCGUGUAUAAAACCGGACCGCGAGUGUCCGGAAUUGAGUGACAUUGAACAUGGAGGGAUGACCGUCGCCGGCAAGUUCUUCGGCGAUGCGGUUCGAUAUAGCUGCGAUCCUGGCUUCUUCGUGGUGGGUCUUGCCGAGCAGACUUGCAGGGCCGACGGACACUGGACCGGCACCACGCCAGUUUGCAAAGAGGAUCCAAACUCCUUCUGUGCCGAACCACCGCAGGUCAAGAACGCCAGAAGCAACGCUCUCCUCGAACAGACAACCUUUGACCUCGACAGUACGAUUAGAUAUUUCUGCCACCACGGCUACGCCACCGACGGCUUCCCCACCGCCAAGUGUCUGAUGAAAAAUCGCGCUCCGGCGAGUUGGUUCGGACCAGACAUAUCCUGCAAGCCGAGAGACUGUGGACCACCCGCCAACAUCCCCAACGGAUGGCACGCAGGUGAAUGCUACACGUACGACUGUCGCGUUUCAUAUCACUGCGAGGAUGGCCACGACCUGGUAGGAAGGCCCGAAAAGGUAUGUUUAGCGGAUGGAACCUGGGUGCCAAAGGAAAUGCCACAGUGCGUUCAGGUGACUUCGGUGCAGUGUCCACCCCCGAAAGAUCCCCCCAAUGGAAGGGCAGUCUAUACUUCAUGCUCCUACAACUCGGUCGUAUCAUACGAAUGCAAGUACGGCUUCACGAUUGUUGGAGAUGCGACGAGAAGAUGCGGCGCAGACAAGAAUUGGUCAGGACAGCCACCCGUUUGCCAAGAGAUAAACUGUGGCCCCCCGGGGAUCCUGUACAACGGGUGGAUAGAGAAUAUAGAAUCAGGUACCGGACUGGGCGCCAGCAUAAUAUUUCGCUGCAACCCGCACAUGACGCUGGAGGGCAACACGUCGUCGGUGUGUCAGAUCGACGGCACGUGGCGUUAUCCGGUUCCGCGGUGUCUGGCCCCCUGCAUCGUGCCGAGCGUGGACAAGGGGCACAUUUGGGUGGUGAGCGACAAAAACCGGGUGAACAACGUGAGCGUGGUUGAACACGGGGAGAAGCUGACGGUGGUGUGCGAGUCGGGCUACGAGUUCGUCGCGAACAGGACGCCGAUCGUCUGCCACAACGGUUCGUGGGCCGUGAUUCCGAGCUGCACCCCAGCGAGGUGCAAGCAGAUGCCGAGGACCCCGAAAAACGGAAUGGUCAUUGCCCCGAAAACUGAACACGGAAUGCGCGCCGUGUUUAAGUGCAAAGACGGAUACGAGCUGCAAGGUGACUCGAAAUUCGUCGAGUGCAAUUUCGGCAAUUGGACCGGGGAGAUUCCGCACUGUCACGAAGUGUUUUGCCCCUUUCCGGGCUACAUAACGAACGGCAAGGUUCUGAUCGUCGGCAACAUGGGCGUCUACGAUCUCCGGCCGUACGUGAGGAAGAUUGUCAACAACAAGCAAAUCAUGUACGACUGCGACCGAGGAUUCGUACUCAGCGAGGGACCGCCGGGGGCUACUUGCAUCGGUGGGUAUUGGAGUCCCAGGGAACUGCCCAAGUGUGUACCUGGCCAGCAUCCGAGACUGAGAUGGAGUCGUCGGCGCAGAUCGAUCGCCGGAUCGCACAGGAGAUCGAAUUCUAGCCUGCCCUACAAGAAGGUCAUUGACUUCUUCAGGAGGAUAAGUAGGAAGGUGCUGCACUUGGGAGCGAGGAAAAAGCCGCGGGGCCACGCGAGCCACAAGACAAACGGGAAACACAGAUGGCAGUCGAGUCCAGGUAACGACUCGACGAACAGCACCUGGAAGUGGGAGUUUUUUGGUCACGGUAAAAACGGGACGGGUAUAAGCAGGGAGAAGAUGAUCAAUUUUCUGGAAAUCAUUUACCAGAAACUGGCACACGUCGACGCUAAACAACGACGCAAGACGGCCAACUUCAGCAUGCACGAACUCCUCAACGUUUUUAGCAUCAAUUCGCUUCACGUCGACCUGGAGGAGGCCUUGAAAAAUACAUCCGCGAAAAAUGGUACAGGCCCGGUAUUCCGGGUCCAGAGUCAGAAGGAAUUCGCCAAGUACAGAAGAGGCUUUGAGAGGAUUGUCAGGUUCUACAGCAGGAGCGAGAGCCAUAAGAAGUCGAAAAAGUGCGGCACUGAUCACGGGGAUGAUGCUGAUGGAAGACGGCGGGUCAAACCUGGAAAGCACAAGCAUAAUGGUAACGGUAAAUACAAAGGCUUCUAUAAGUUCUUGAAUAAUUACUUGGAAGACAAAUUGUCAAACGCUCAGGCCAAGAAUACUACGGCCGAACUGAUUAAGAGAAUGAACAUAGAUAUAUUUACUAUUAAGAAUGGUACGACAAUCGCGAUCAGCGAUGUUUACGCGUUUUUUAAACAUAUCAUAGAGAAUAAAUUAAACGUCGACAAUGUGAACGGAAUAAACAAGGCGAGGAGGGUCGGGACGACGGAGGCUUCGGGCGAUUCAACGAUCAACGCAAACGCGACGGUCCCGCUUAAUGUAUCGUCGACGGUAACUCCAAGGGUAAAUUCGAUUCGGAACAAUGAAAUUCCGCCCCACGUAGCGAAGAAUGAUACGGUCAAAGGCCGUGGCAAUCGAAUUUGGGACACUCCCAAGGAGAUGAGUGUCUCGUUUCAGAAGAGGAAAUUACUUUCCCUCGACUAUCCGUUGAGUAAUAAAAAAUCUGAGUCGCAAUUCAACGAGCUGGAUAACCAAUCGUCUCGUAGAUCCAAGUUCGGACAAUUGACUCUGAAUGAGCUUGAGGCCCAACAACAGAAUCGUUUGAAGCGAUUUCUUACUCCCUCGGAAAUUGAGAACCAAAUAUUUCUUAAGAAUUUGUACUUGACCGCCUACGAAGACGAGUACAGGGCGAAUGUAAAACGGUCCAUUAUACAAAGCAAUCGAACCCAUCCAAGUCUGUACGAGAUGCGGGGUCGCCGGGAUCCCCUUGUCGAGUACAAGCGCAAGUAAGACUAUUUUUAAUGUGAUAUUAUACCAUGUUGCGGAAUUUCAUUAAUUGUUACAAUACAAUCAAUAUCAAUUAUCAACGUCGAAUCAUCAAUGUAUUACGUGUAUACAACAAUAGUCAAUUUUUCCUUCCCGUCAUAAUUCAUGUUACGUGUAACUAUAUACAUAUUAUACUAACUACAGCCAAGCUACGCUUUUUCAAUAAAUCGAUU